AGAGCAGCACAUUGCGGCGCCGCACGCAUGCCGCGUCAGCCGGGAUGGUUCCACUAACCCGUCUCCGCCUGCUCUCCGCGGUCGUCGCCGCGCUGGCUGUGCUAUCUGCGUGUUUCCCCUCCCCACCGCUAGCGCGCGCGCAACUGUGGGCGAAGUCGCAGCUUCCGUUUCUGUCGGAGUGCCAGGCGGCGUGGAAGCGCAACUUGAGCGGAUGGGGCGCGCGGUCCAACUGCAGCAAAGCGGUUUUCGUGACAUGCGACAAGGACGGCAUGCUCACCAGCAUGGCCCUCUUGUCCCAGUCACUCACAGGCUUCAUCCCGGCGUCAAUAGGCGCUGCCACGCGCCUCUCGCACCUGGAGCUGUACAACAACAUGCUGAAUGGUUCCAUUCCGGAUACCAUAGGCAACCUCCUCUCACUGCAAUACCUUGAUCUCUCGGCCAACAACCUGAAAGGGAGCUUACCUUCCUCCAUCGGAAAGCUUUCCUCCCUCACUUCCUUCUCGGUGUCUCAGAACUGGCUGGAUGGCAAUGUGCCCAGCACCAUCUCCCGCCUCACCAAGCUGCAGCAGCUGAGUGUGUACAACAACUCGUUCUCGGGUGUCAUUCCCCCGGCCAUCUAUGCACUCACCAGCCUCACAGUGCUCGAGGUGGGCCGCAACUACUUCACAGGCUCCUUCCCUUCACAGUUCUCUCGUCUCGUCAAUCUCGUGUACCUGGAGGCAGGCAACUUGGGUCUGAUAGGCGAGCUGCACUCAACCCUAGGGAGCCUAAAGAACCUGCAGGCGCUCUAUGCGCGUGAGAACGUUCUGGUAGGCAGCAUCCCUGCGAGCCUGGGCCGCCUCAAGGCCCUCACCAUCCUUCAGCUGGGCGGCAAUCAGCUCACGGGGUCCAUCCCUGCCUCCUUCUCCAACCUCGUCAACCUGCAGGGCCUCUACCUGUGGACGAAUCAGCUGAGUGGCUCUUUGGAUGUCAUCACCAAGUGCACUGCCCUGCAGCAGCUGGCGGUUCAGUACAAUGGGUUCACAGGAUCCAUUCCCAGAGCCAUUGGCCAGCUCACAGGCCUCGACCACCUUGGACUGGCAAGCAACAAGCUCUCAGGCCCCAUUCCAACGACUAUCGGCAAUCUCCUCAACCUCACCACCUUCAACGUGUCGCACAACACCCUCACCGGCUACCUGCCUGCCUCCAUGGCCGCCCUCACCAACCUCGUAUUCAUUGAGUUAGUGCAAGAGCCCCCGGGGUCGGUGGUGUGUCCGCCGAGGGUGAAGUGGCAGUGCGGACCCCUGAACGUGUCAGGGGCCAGCAUCCUCACGCCGUACUGCGUCACGUGCCCUGACUUCUGCGUCUUCUGCUUCGUGCAGCAGACUUUACCACCUCUCUCACGGCCAUCGCCACCAGUCGGCUCCUUUCCAGCACGCCCACCAUCGGCACCUACGCCACCAUCCAACUCAACCACAUCACCUGCUCCUCUCCUCUCACCUCCCCCCAACCCACCCCGCACACCUUCCCCCCCUGUUCCCCUUCCCUCCGCACCACCCACUUUCCCGCCCCCCCCGGCGCCGGUGAAAUGUCCGCCUAACGAUACGAGGCAGUGCAAGCUGGCAGUCGAAGGCAACACCCUCGAGGCCGUUUGCAACAAGUGCCCUGGCUUCUGCAUCUUCUGCUUCCUGCAUAGUGGUGAUCCACAACCCCCCCUUCUCCACGCACCACCCUUCCCUCCACCAUCCCAUCCCGCCCCUCCUCCCCCUCCGCCCCCUCCACCCCUUGCGCCUCCUCCGACCCCUCCGCCGCCUCCGCCCCCACCGCCUCCUCCGCCCCCUCCCCCCCCACCUCCCCCUCCGCCCUCCUCGUCGGGGCUGUCAGCGGGGGCCAUUGCUGGCAUCGCAGUGGCUGGCGUCUCGCUGCUUGUGCUCCUGCUGCUGCUUCCGCUGCUGCUCUUCUGCAGGGCGAGAGGAAGGCCACCUUCCGAUGCUGCCGCCGCUGCUGCUGCGGCGGCGGCUGCUGGUGGUGCCUCAGACCCAUGCAGGCCUAACCAAGCACUGGUGGUGGCAAGGGGGGGCGUGGGAGGGCCAACGGUGUGCCGGCAGUACCGGCUGGAGGUGCUGGCGGCGGCGACGGGCACGUGGGCCGAGGCCAACAAGAUCGGCAGCGGGGGGUUCGGGGAUGUGUACCGCGCUCACGACCCCGCCGACCCGUGCACGCUGUGGGCUGUGAAGCGCGCCAAAGUGCUCACCAACGACUUCCGAAGGGAGGUGAACGAGAUGGCAUCAAAGCACCACCCGCACCUGGUUCGCCUGCUGGGGUUCUGCAUCGACUUUAACGCAACCACGGAGCAGACGGAGCAGAUCCUCAUCUACGAGUUCAUGCCUAAUGGCGACCUCGAGAGGUGGCUCGGCCCAGCAGCUGCUGCCCGGCCUCUCUCUCUUUUGGAGCGUGUGGAUGUACUGAUUGGCGUGGCGGAGGGAUUGCAGUACUUGCACGGAUUUAACAUCGUGCAUCGUGACAUCAAGGGAGCCAACAUCCUGCUGGACAGCAACAUGCAGGCAAAGAUCGCAGACUUUGGGCUGGUGAGAAUGGGCGAAGGCUCCACAGUGGGAGCCACGCGGGUGAUGGGAACACCGGGCUAUGUGGACCCCGCUUACUACAAGUCACAGAAGGCCACCCCCUUGGCUGAUGUGCACAGCUUUGGCGUGGUGAUGCUGACAGUCCUAACAGGUCGCAAGGCCAUCUAUAACACGGAUGACAGCCAGAUCAACCUCAAGCAAUGGGUGGCACCAUUUGUAGCGGCCAACGACGGAGUCUCGUUCAAGGACCCGGUGCUGGACGCCCCAGCGGACAUCGUACUGCGGCUGGCGCAGCUGGCGCUGACCUGCACGGCCAUGCCGACUGCAUCCCGCCCCAACAUGCUUAAAGUGAUGGCAGAGCUGGAGGCUGUGCGCCAGGAGAUUGGUGGAGUGGCCGGCGACCAGAUAGCCAGGCGAAUCGACAGGGAGAUAGAUGAGACCAAAGGCCAUGACAUUGAGGAGGAGGUUGCCAACGCCAUCAGAAUAGGAUCGAUGAGUAAGUGAGGAGCUGACGCAUGGCAACACUGUGGUACCUACCUAGUAACAUAUGGCGUGCGUGCGUGUCUCAGGCUUCGGGUGGUAAGUCUCUUCUUCGUAACUGGUGGAUGGUCUUCAAGAGCUGCAUGGAGCGCAGUAGUGGUUCAAAGGAUGUCAUGUUUGCAUGCACCUAUAAUAUUAUGGGGCUGUGGUCACUGGUAACAGCAGCAGUCCCAGUUGGUCAAUGUGAGUUGAAUCAUAUUGUUUACUGUGUAUCCGCUGCGACAGGUUGGUUGUACAUCGCAUAUUUUCUCCUGUGGGUCACUUCCAGGAAGUUGGUUUUGUGUGCCCGUCAUAUUAUGGAUUU